CCGCCCUCUCCCCACCUUCUCUCCCUACCCUCGUCCUCUGCGGCUCUGCUGAAGCCGACGUCGCCGCUUCCGUCAAGAACGUCCUUUGCUACCCCCGCCUUCUCUGUCUCCCCUUCAUCCCCCAUUCUCUCUGCUUUCUCUGCUUCUCCUGUUCGUUCUUCUUCUCCCAUCGUCUCCGCUUUCCCUGCUUCUCCAUCUUCCCCUUUCAUUUCCGCUUUCUCCGCCUCUUUCAUUCCUCCUUCCUCCGUCGCCCCCGCUCUCCCUGCUUCCUCCAACCCUUCUCCUUCCACGCCGGCCGCCUCCUCCGGCCGACUCUCCUCCCUGCCAUUGUCUCUCUCCCUUGAGCCUCCCCGCCAAGUGUCGCCGUCCGCCUCGGCUUCCUCCACACGCCCGCUCUCACACUCGCCCUCGUCUCCAUCCACACCCACGCCAGAAGACCCUGCUUUCCCCUCCAUGCCCAAACCAACGCAAGAAGACCUUGUAUCUCCGCCGGUACCCACACCCAUGCCAGAAGCCCCUGCAUCUCCGCCCACACCCUCACCGAGCCCCACGCCCGUGCCCCCUGCGCAGGACGCCCUGGCCGUCCUGCGCUUCCCGACCGCCGGGGGUUCCUCGGUCGCCUACGUACUUCGAGACUGCGGGAACGCUGGCCAGACCCUCCCAGCUGACGUCGUGGUGAUCUGUCCGCAAGCACACACGCACCAGCAGCGAGCGAAACCAAACUCACAAUCACAGCAACAACCACAAUCCCAGUCAGAGCCGGAGCACCAAGGAAAAGUGGUUUCUGGACGCACUGCACAUCCGCAGCAGCAGCAUUCAGAGUCACAGCAGCUUCAGCGGCACGGACUGGAAUCCACACAACAGGGGAACGAGCGUCGACGACUACCGAGGCCAUUCCAGUUGCACGCUCAACGGCCCCAACAGAGCCAACAGCUGGGCCUCCCUCAUUUAACAAGGUCAUCCAGUCGCGAUGCGCCCACUCGCAGGAGGACCGACGGAGCGGCCCACGUCACCCGGGCCGAUGCUGUCACGCUCCCCGACGCAGCCUCUCCCGAACCGGGAUUUGCCGGAGAAAAUCCCGCGGUGACUUUCGCCGGCGGCGCUCGCCCCUUGGCCGCAAGCCUGACUGACGCGCCGGCAGGGGGCCCGCAAGUCACUGCGGUCCCCUCUCCUGUCCCCGGCCGCGAGCUGUCUGCAGGGAUGCCCGAUCCUUCGACUGAUCCCUUGGAUGCGGAUCCCCAUGAUCCGGCCCUCGUGGAAGCAGAUCCUUCCGGCGCCUCCUUCGCCGAACUCCCCGACGACACUGACUCCGUUUCGCUGGAAGGAACAGCCGCCGACUACGACGCCUUUGAGUUAUCUGCGACGGGAACAGGCGACCCGACGGCGAGAGGGGAGGGAGCGCCGGAGCAGAGGAGCUCACGCGAGAGCGUUGAGGGGGGCUGGGAGGGCCCUCGGGAACUCGACGUCCCUGGAAUGAGAUCGACGGAGGAGGAGGACGGCGUGCAUGUCAUACCCGAGAGCAUGACCGAGACCAGUCUGAGAACGGCGGGCGCGCCACGACACGGCGGCGUGGAGGUGGGCGGCGACGGCGGCCUGAGACGCUCCUCCAGGGACCUGGGCCUCCACUACCCGCGACCCGACGCGGCGCCGCAGCUGCAGUACACCUUCAUCGAGCAGACGGUGUCCCCGGGGUCGCCGGUCAAUCUCAAGUGCUCGGCCGUCGGCUCGCCCUUCCCCCUGAUCACCUGGACGCGGGACCACCGGCCGCUGCACACCUCCCUCAGGACGAACGUGGGCAGCUUCAGGACCGCCCUUGGGGAGGUGGUGAGCCACGUGAACCUGAGCGACGUGACGGUCCGCGACGGAGGAACGUACGCCUGCACCGCCCACAACACCCUCGGCUCCGUCAGCCACUCCGCGAGGGUCAACGUCUACGGCCCCCCCUUCGUGCGCGCCAUGCCCAACGUGACGGCGGUGGCGGGCGAGGACGUCAGGCUGUGGUGCCCCGCCGGAGGGUUCCCGACGCCCUCUAUCACCUGGAGGAAGAACGGCCAAGUCAUUCCUACUUCUCUCAGACAAGAGGUGCUGGGCAACGGGACGCUCGUGCUUCGAACGGCGACCAACAAGGACGUGGGGCGCUACUCGUGCGUGGUGACGGGUCGCCAGGGCCAGACCGCCUCCUCGCACACCUUCCUUCACGUCCUUAAACCUCCGGUGAUCGAGAAGUUCGGCUUCCGGGCGGACCUGGAGGAGGAGGCGCGGACGCAGCUCUCGUGCAUGGUCACGGACGGCGACCUGCCCUUCACCAUCAACUGGCUCAAGGACGGCCGCCACCUCCAGCACGACCCGGACGUGGAGAGCAAGCAGACCAGCGACUUCUCGACGGUGCUGGUGUUCAAGCGGCUGCACGAACGCCACUCCGGCGCCUACACCUGCGAGGCUGCCAACGCGGCGGCGGCGGUCAACCACACGGCUAUCCUCAGGGUCAAGGUAGGUCGCGAGCAUUUUACUUGGGGCGGAGGUACAAGGGCUUCAAGGUAUUUAAGAAACACAAAGGGGGCCGUCCGGAGCGAGAUGGCUUUGCUUAUAAAAAGUCUCCUGAGUACACGUGCACAGACCUCGCGGGAGCAGCGCGCACGACAGGUGAACAAGCAUUCCAGAACAGAUGGAGCGAGCAGAUCCAUAACAACAUGGGUUUAUGAAAUGUUUUGA